AUGAGACCGCUUUUCGGUCUCUUUCUUCUGGUAAUUUCCACCACAUGGGCUCAACAAGAUCUAUCAUGGAAAGCCGAUAUUUUCGCAUCAGAAAGGGAGAAUGAAAUGGCAGAGCAAGACGCCCUGACUCGCUACUUUGGAAAUGACAAAAAGAACACUACAUUCUUUCCGACAUGGGAUACAAUGAAAACGAAAGUUGGUGACUUCAUCAAUAUCUACUCAACUCGUCUCAAGAACCACAACUACAAUGAAAUGACAGCGUGGCUUCAGGCUCUCCGUCUCAAUUAUCCCAAUAUUACUCAUCUGUAUUCUGCUGGAAAAUCUACUGAAGGUAGAGAAUUAUGGGUAUUAAUUGUGUCGGAUAAGCCAAAAGAACACGAACUACUGGAGGCGGAGCUUAAAAUUGUCGGAAAUAUGCAUGGAAAUGAGGUCGUCGGUCGAGAAGCAGUACUGUAUCUCGCUGAAAUUCUAUGUUUGAAUUACGGGAGGAAUAAGUAUUUGACGGAUCUGGUGGACAAUGCAAGAUACCAUUUGAUGCCUUCAAUGAAUCCAGAUGGAUACGAGAAAGGAUUCGCUGGGGAUCGAAUUUCAGCCAUGGGUCGUGCCAACGCCAAUGACGUCGACCUUAACCGUAACUUCCCCACAAAAUACCCGGAACAUCGAGAAUCUUCUGGAGGCUCUGAUCCUGAAAUAGAAAACAUUGCUGUGAUGAAAUGGCUUCAAUCGUAUCCAUUCGUGUUGAGCACAAAUUUGCAUGGAGGAAGUUUAGUUGCCAAUUAUCCAUAUGAUGACUCGGUUACCGGACAAGACGGGAUUUAUACUGCAAGCGCCGACGACAAGUUAUUUGUGGAAUUGAGUUAUCGAUACGCGAGAGCUCACACGAAAAUGUGGAAAACUGGAAGACGAUGUGGACUGUCUGCUGAUGGAGAUAACUUCAUCAACGGUAUUACGAACGGAGCAGGAUGGUAUCAUUUGGCUGGUGGAAUGCAAGAUUGGCAAUACGAAAACACGAAUUGUUUGGAGAUUACUGUAGAAAUGGGAUGUUUCAAGUUCCCCACGGAUGAUAUGAUGCCAAAAUUAUGGGAAGAACAUCAAUACUCUUUGCUCUCAUUCAUGGAAAUGGGUUUGACUGGAGUCACAGGUCUUGUCACGGACAGAAACAAUAAUACAGUAGCAAAUGCAACCAUUUCUGUUGAUACUGGAAAAGAUAUAAUCUCAACAGAAUCUGGAGAAUACUGGAGACUUCUUCCACCGGGAGAUCAUCAGGUUACUGUAUCUGCGAGAGGAUUGGAAUCGGAUACGUUUACGGUGACUGUGAUACCAGGAGCACGCGCAGUGAGACAUGAUAUCACACUGUUGGCGUGUGGGGAUAAUGAAACAAAAUCUGAGCUCUACAUUCGUGGAAGAGGAAAGAACCUGAUCGCAGUCUUAUCAUUUGAUGAAAUUGGCGGCGAAGCGGUUGACGAAUUGGCUCGAUUGACGUGUACCGGAGACUUUGUGAUCGACAAAGAUGUCUCGUUGAUGCUGAUUCCGAAUAUGACGAAUGAGUUGAAGGGGCGUCUCUCCGACUUUGACCCGGCAGCCGUACUGAUUAUCAGUGAAGGAAUUGUAGAGACAGUGACAUUCAGUGUCUCUGAAAACGAACCGAGACUUUUCGACAAGGCGAAAAUGGAUGAAUCUCUGCUGAAAGCACUCGGAAAUUCGAUAGAGUGUGAUAGGAAACUUCUCGAAUCGAAAACGGCGUUGAGAGUUGAUGAUCUUCAAUUGAAGAAAGCAUUCGAAUUGGGAAUAUCGAUUGGUUGUGAUGCGAAGGAUCUACAGAAGAAGGCGGCGACUAUUGGGACUAUUGCUGAUAUGAUCAAAAAUGAAUUAAUCAAGGACAGUGUCAGCGAGUUCUCAGUGGUUCCAUCGGCUCAUCCGGGAGAUCACUUCACGCCGGAUCAAAUGAUUUUGGUCACCAACGCCGCCGUUGCAGAGCUCCAACGGAAAGAAUGUGUUCAAGAGUUGACUCAUGGAGCCAAUAAAUUCUAUUUGAUGGGAUCUGGAAAGCCUCCAUACACACUUAUCGCUGCUGUUGAGAAGAGAACCGAAGCGAUGGCAUACGAAAUGAUGUCAACAUACUGUAACCCUGAUACCAAAUCUCAAUUCUCUGAUAUUUUGGACAAGUCGACGUUGGUUUUCAUGCCGGAAAUCCCACAUACUCAGCUAAACUGUCACGACUACGAUACGAUUUCUCCAUUCAAAUUGUUAUUCGACGAAGCGAUUGGAGCUGUUCCAGAACUCGAUUUUGUUAUAGUUUUGGCGACUGGAGGAAUGAAAGUUAGAUAUAUAAAUGAUACGAUUGGGAUCGGGAAGUCGAUUGCUGAAACCUAUCGAGCAAAUCAUGAUUUGAUGAAAUCUACGGAAUCAGAAGGAUGUGCAAAGGGAUUCCCGAAUGAGAAAGAAGCGAUUCGCGCGUUUUCAUGGAAUGAUAAUGCGUCGAGAAUGGAUAAAUCUGGAGUUGAUCACCCUGCUGACAAUCUGGACGCACUCCUCGUCCAAAUCGGAUGUUGCUAUGAAAAUAUGGCCAGUGGACAUCUCUAUUCUGAGAAUCAGCGAUCGAUGAAAAGUGCUCUAAUCGAAAGGACUCGAGGAGUUCGAAUAAUUGGAGGAGUGGAUGGAAUGACCGUUUCAGUAGAUCAUAUGCAUAAAAGUCUUCCACUUUUGAGAGGAGGAAGACGGUUUAUUCCACUUCCGAAUGGAGAGCAUCUAGUGAAAGUUAGGACGCCUGGAGGUCAAAUGCACGCUCAAUUUGCUGUUGUGAUAUCUGAUAAACAUCCCACGAGUGAAAAGUUCAUUGGAGUGCAGUCGUCUAAUAUGGUUAUUAUCACGAUCGCAUCUAUUCUUAUGAUUGUUUGCUGUACAUUUAUGUGUCGACAACGAGUGACUUCAGUCCUGAAUAGGAGAGGUUUCUUUAAUGGAAUCGGAUCAAAUCACGGAUUCGAAAGAAUUCCAUUAUACAAAUCGGAUGACGAAGACGAGGAUGAAGUGUUCGAUUUACAGAAGUUAUAG